AUGACCGAUAAUGACGAGAAGCUUCCCCUGCUCAUGACGUCACACGGCACCUUUUUCGACCGACAAUCCUUCUACAGUUUGGUUGAUGGCCAGUGGAAGACUAUUGUUCUCUUUAUCUUGUGCGGCAAGCGCAUACUUGGCUCCGGCCACGGAUGGCUCGUCCUUGUGGACUACCUUACCGGUGAAUCCUGCCUGUGGAAUCCGGUAUUGAUGCGCGAGAUCGGCCUUCCCUGCCUGCAAGACGCGUUAUGCUUCAACCGGUGUGUCUUGACCGGGCCCCCAAACGAGCCCGACUGCCACGUCGUCUUCUGUUCCACCAACCUCGAAGAGCGGACCGUGUUCCGAGUCAGGGACAGCACCACCGUCAGUUCACCACCGAGAGAAGCGGACGAACUCAUCCGCCUCAUUGCCUUGACCUCCUUCUGA